AUGGCGCACGAGCUACCAUUGAGAGAAGACUGUCCUCCAGUGAAGCGGAAGCCGGUGUUGAAAAAGGAUGAGAAGCCAAGAGACUCCACAUAUCAGCCAAUAGGAGGAAUUAAUGGGAAAUCUAAUCUUUUCACAAAUUCAGCUGCAUCAAACACAAAUGAUAGUCAAAAUAACAUGGCACGGUCAUCUAUUCCUCAAUCAUUUCCUCCUUGUCCACCCUUUUCACAACAUAGUCAUGAUGAUUACCAAUCCUUUCUCAACAUGUCUUCUGCAUUUUCAAGUCUGAUUGUCUCUACCUUGCUGCAACACCCUGCAGCCCAUGCUGCAGCAAGUUUUGCUGCUACAUUUUGGCCCUAUGCAAAUGUAGAAUCUUCAGCUGAUUCUCCAGCUUGUUCUCAAGGGGGUUUUCCAUCUAGACAAAUUGGUUCACCUCCGAGUGUAGCAGCUAUUGCUGCUGCUACGGUAGCUGCUGCAACUGCAUGGUGGGCAGCUCAUGGACUGCUUCCUUUGUGCGCUCCACUCCAUACAGAUUUUGCCUGUCCUCCUGCAUCAGCAACUGUUGUUCCAUCAAUGAAUAUCAGCGAAGUUCCACCUAAGACAGAACAAGGAGAUAUUACACUACAAAAUCCUCGUCUGCAAGAUCAUGUACUAGAUCCAAAAGACUCAGAAGCUUUGCAAGCUCAACAUUCAGCUUCUAAAUCACCAGCAUCCUGCCCAACAAUCCAAAACAGUUCAGUGAAAAAAGCUACAGUUAAAGCAUCAAGGUACAAUAGCCUUAUAAAACCAGUUCAGAGAUGCUGCAAGGUAUGA